UGAAAAUAAAAGGAGCAGAUAACAGAAUGAAGUUCAGAGUUGUGUUGGCGUUUCUGUUGCCGGCGGCAGCAUAUCAGUCGCCUCGGCCUGGAGACUGCAGCGACAUCUACAGAUCUGGCUCUGGUGUGGAUGGCGUUUACACCAUCUAUCCGGCAGGCCCCACCUCUCCUGUGCAGGUUUACUGUGACAUGAGCAAAGAUGAUAUUGACAGCGCUGCAGAAAAAUGGACGGUGAUUCAGAGAAGACAUGAUGGCACGGUUAACUUCUUCAUGAAGUGGGAUCACUACAAAUCUGGAUUUGGCAAUGCUGCUGGAGAGUACUGGCUGGGCCUUGAAACGAUGCACCUGCUGACUCAAGCCAGAAACUAUGAGCUGAGGGUGGACAUGGAGGACUUUGAGGGUCAGAAGGUGUUUGCUCAUUAUUCUGCCUUUUCUGUUGGCCCAGAGUCUGAGGGAUACAAUCUGAACCUGGGGAGUUUCACAAAGGGGGCAGCAGGAGACUCUCUAAGCUAUCACAAUGGAAAUAAAUUCACCACCACUGACAAAGAUCAAGACAUGCAUGACUCAAACUGUGCCAGGCUCGCCUACGGUGCAUUCUGGUAUGGGGAUUGCUUCAAGUCCAACCCAAAUGGUAUCUACACCUGGGGUCCCUCACCCCGUGCAUCUGGUGUGCACUGGAGCACUUUUAAAGGGCUUGAAUACUCUCUAAAAACCAUGAUAAUGAAGAUCCGACCAGUGGCUGUAUAAAAACAGGAUAGAGUCACAACAGUAAUGCUACAGACCUUUCAGAGCUUCUGUAGAAAAACAGAGGCACAUCACAAAUGUGGUUUAACAUCUCCUUACUGCAGGAAACACACAACUCCAGUUUUCUUCAAGGUUCAAAGAAAGGAUGGAGACGUUUGGAAUUUAAUUAUUUUCAAUUCAACUCAGGUCAAUUCAAAAUACCCAAUUAAUCCCACAGAAGAUUUGUGGCUUACCUUUCUUGUGGAUGCUGUCAAUGACAACUUUCAAAUCAGCAAUCUUCCCCUGUUAUUUUGUAGAUUCAUGUAUAAAAAUCAUGCUAUACUGAUUUUUGGGUUUUUAUUAGCUGAGCCAAUCAUCAUACAGACAAAAAUACUUCAAGCAUAUGACUAUCAAUUAAUCUAUAUAAUAUGAGUUUCAUUUUCUGAACUAAAUAACUAAAAUAUACUUUUUCAUGAUAAUCAGAUCACAUAGAUAUGCACCUGUAAAUAAAAUAAAACUAAUAAGACUUGAACACAGACACGCAAAGCUCUGCUCAUAAAAAUUCAAUCCUCUGCCAGUCCCUGGUGGACAGUCAAUAGUACUGCACGGACUGCAGCAGGAGACAGGAGCUUGUGUUUAGGCAGUGAUAAGGUCAUCGUUUUACAUAUAAACAGUAACUAAAGCUUCAGUUUCAGUUCACUGUGACGAAAUAUAAUUAGCAAAGCACAAACUGUAUUUCUAAUUUCUUAAU